AUGGCACAGUCGCUCAUAAAUGAUAUUAUAGCCAUACUGCUUAAGAAAAGAAAUAACGUCAAAUCUUCGUUUAAACUUAUUUUUGAGGAAGCUGAGGAAAUGCAUAAAAAAAUUAAUAUACCUAUAUUAGUCGACCGCACAAAUGCAAGGCAAAGACAUCGUCCUAACUAUAAUACAAACAAUCCCGUCGAUAAUUUUAGAAUUUCAAAUUAUAUACCCCUUUUAGAUGAUGUAAUUGAAGAUCUCAAAUUUCGUUUCAGUUCAGAUUUAUUCACAAUUCUUGAAAUUACUGAGUUAAUUCCUUCCAAUAUACUUAAAAAGGCAGACAUUAUUGAUUAUACAGCAACAAAAAAUACCAUAGCUAAAUAUUUGUCACAGUUUACAAAUGAAUGUGCCAGUAAGUUUGGCAACAUCAGAAAGAAGCUUUUCCUCCUUGAAACGGCUAAAAACUUGGUUGCGUUCAACCAUGGGCAAAGAUAG